GUCCAUCAGCGCCUCUUCAAUGGCUCCAGCAGCCCGGCUGGCCAGCCUGCGGGCCUUGUUGAAGCAACAUGCCGUUUCCGCCUUUAUCAUUCCGUCCGAGGACCCGCACCAGAGCGAAUAUAUAGCAGACUGCUAUGCCCGCCGCGCCUGGAUAUCUGGCUUUGACGGCUCGGCUGGCGAAGCCAUCGUCACGGCCUCAAAGGCCGCCCUGUGGACCGACGGUCGAUACUGGCUACAAGCAAGUAAUCAGCUUGAUGAAGCCUGGACCCUCAUGAAAAGCGGCCAGCCCGACGUCCCGUCCCGUGAGCGAUGGCUCUCUCAGGUCAUUCCAUCAGGUGAAGCCGUGGGUGUGGACCCUGCCGUCACAGCGCAUCCCGAUUAUCAAAAUCUCAAAACCGCGCUCGACAAGAAACACAUUCGCCUCGUGCCACUCCAGGAAAAUCUGAUUGAUGCCAUUUGGCAGGACCGACCCCGCCAACCUCAAGAGCCCAUCCGCAUCCAACCCCUGCAAGCAGCUGGUCAGCCCGUGGAAGCCAAGCUCGAACAGCUACGUGCCGACAUCAGGGAUGCAGACUGCAGCUGCAUCAUCGUCACGGCGCUCGAUGACAUUGCUUGGCUCUUUAACCUCCGUGGCAAUGAUAUCCAAUACAACCCAGUCUUUUACGCCUAUGCCCUCGUCACAAUGGACCAGGCCUGGCUUUUUGUGGACGACUCUCGCUUUGACCCCGGGGUGCGGGAGCAGCUGAGCGCAGCUGUUGAGGUUCUUCCCUAUGAAUCCUUUUUUUCCCGUCUCCCAGGCAUCCUUAAUGCUGAUCCUGCCCUCAAGAACCUACCAAUUUUUCUGGCGCGCCGCUGCAGCCAUGCCGUCGUUGAUAUCCUCGAGACAGCAGGCUACGAGACAAAUCUGGACAUUACUCCCGUGGAAUCCCGCAAGGCUGUCAAGAACCCAGUUGAGCUCGCCGGCAUGCGGGCCUGUCACAUCCGCGAUGCCGUGGCCCUGUCUUCCUUCUUCAUGACUUUGGACAAACUAUUUGAAGUCAAGCAGCAGCUGCUCUACCACAGCCUCAGCUUUGACACCAUCUCUUCCAUCGGAGCCAAUGGAUCCAUCAUCCACUACACCCCAAACCCGGUGACAUGUGAUCGUCUCGACAACAAGCGUGUCUAUCUCUGUGACAGCGGCGGCCAAUACACGUGCGGUUUGAACUCGCGCUGUGACGGCACCACGGACAUUACCCGCACCGUCCAUUUCGGUACGCCUACUGCCGAGGAGAAAAUGGCUUUUACCCGCGUCCUCAAGGGCCAUAUUGCCCUGAGCAACCUGCGUUUCCCACCGGGCACCAACGGCCGCACAAUCGACCCGUUUGCGCGCGCCUCAUUAUGGGAGGCUGGUAUGGAUUAUGCACAUGGCACUGGCCAUGGGGUUGGUUCCCACCUGAACGUGCACGAGGGCCCCAUGCAAAUCAGCUUCCGACCCAAGGCCUCCGAACAUCCCCUAGAGCCUGGGCAGGUCGUGACGAUCGAACCCGGCUAUUACAAGGACGGUGCUUUUGGCAUUCGCAUCGAAAACGUGGUGGAAGUUGUGAGCCUUGCGCCCGGCGACAAAUCGCUCGGCUUCUCCCCAAUCACACUGUUUCCCAUUCAGCGCAAAAUGUUGGACGUCAAGCUGCUAACGGCAACUGAACUUGAUUGGUUGAACCGCUACCACACAACGGUUCGCGCACGAGUUGGCCCGGAGCUGAUGCGCCAGGGCAAAACGGAGGAACUUCACUGGCUGCAACAGCAAACAGAACCCAUCGCAGCCUAAGCAGUUGAUUCACUUGUGGUCAGUGCAGCAUGAAAGCCAGGUGACGAUGGCACACCAAGAGCAGAGGAACAAGUUCCGAGUGAUUUCAAUUGACAUGCAAAUUCGGGAAAAAA